UGGUGAGGAGGGGGAGCAUCUCUCUCUCUCUCUCUUCUCUCUCUCUUCUCUCCCUCUCUGUGUGCGCAUCUAUUCCGAUCUGCCAGAUAUCAGUGUCUGACCGGCGCAUUGGCUGCUACUCAGUGGGGAGAGGAUGGUGUUGAGGAAGGAGUGAAAAGUCCAAGACCCGGAGCGCUGGCGCAGACCUUCACCCCGGUCUCCUCAGCCUCUGCAAAGUGCUGUUUCACCCUUGUUCCGUCGUUUGCCGUGUCUGCGCCCCGUGUUGGGAGCUUUGGAGAGCACCUGCACUGAGGCGCAAAGCUUUCGCUCACAUUCCUCAGGAUUGCACCACCGAGACGCGUCUUGGUUUGUCAGAUACGGUCCAGGAUGGGGACAGCUCUGUGUGCAGGUGGUCGGCGCAUCCCCAUUACUCUGAUGCUGCUCCUCUCUUUAGGCUGGGGUUCUGCCUCAUCCAUUGUGAACAUGCGUAGAGUCACCCAUCCUACGGUUCAACAAACGCUGGCAGACAAAGCAGUCCUCCCCUGUGUCUUCACCCUCCACACCACCUCCUCCAGCCAAUCUCCCCACAUCCUGUGGACUCACUCACGGCCACCAGCAGGAGGGCACGGUUCUCCUCUGGAGCACGUUGUGCUUUCUGCUAAAGGUGAUGUAAUCAAGGUGAAUAAGGCUUUCAGUGGCCGCGUCAUGCUGCCAGGAUACGCUGCCAAUCCCCUGAAUGCUACCAUGGAGAUCUCCAGCCUCCGUACCAACGACUCGGGCACUUACCACUGUGAGGUUGUCAUGGGUAACGACUAUGAGAGAGACACUGUGCCCCUGGUGGUCUCCGGUGUGGUGUUUCACUACCAGGCUGCCAGCGCCCGUUACGCCCUCUCUUUUUCCGAUGCCCAGCGAGCCUGCCAGGAAAACUCAGCUCAGAUCGCCACCCCGGCCCAGCUGUGGGCCACGUUCCAUGAUGGCUUUGCAAGCUGUGCAGCCGGCUGGUUGGAUGAUCAGACGGUCCGUUAUUCUGUCCAGUUGCCAGAGCUUGGUUGCUAUGGACACAAGGAGUACUCUGCCGGAGUGAGGAAUUAUGGGAAGAGAGACCCGAAAGAGCUGUUUGAUGUGUACUGCUUUGCAAAAGAACUGGAUGGUGAAGUGUUUCAUUCCUCAGUCCCAGGCAGACUAUCACUGUCUUCGGCCUCAGACCGCUGUGUGUCUCUUGGGGGUCAGCUGGCCACAGUGGGACAGGUUUAUCUGGCCUGGAAGGCCGGCCUGGACAGCUGCGCCCCGGGCUGGUUGUCUGAUGGCAGCGUCCGCUACCCAGUGACCUGGCCUCGCCCAGACUGUGGGGGAAGCCAGCCCGGGGUCCGCUCUGUCACGCCCAACAGCACUGCUGACAACACCACAGAACUAUAUGACGCUUACUGCUACAGAGGUAAUGUGAAGACUACGGGCUCCAUCUCCCAGAUCUACAGCUCCCUGUGGAAGCCCUGGAGCUAUCUUACAGGCUCCACUGAAGCAGGGACAGACAGUCCCAACCCGACUACACAGCAAGCCACCACAAUCAGAGGCCUUUCAGAUGCCAGCGAUGUUUCGCCGUCCAACUGGACAGGAUUGGUUGACCUGGAAGAGGAAACCUCCCUUCACAGUGGCGAUGCCUCCUCAGACGCCUGGUCCUCAGAUUCCUCAGGGUCCUUUGUGACUAUCCAGUUAAUCCCAGGACAGAGUUCCUUUGACUGGGGGGAGCCACUGGAUCCUGGUCCUGACUCUGAGGAAUUCCUCCAACCUCCUGUCCACCCAACUCCUGUUGAGAAGAAGGCAAUCUCAAAGAUUGUCAAGUCCAUCUGGAAGCCUUGGAACUACCUGGUAGGAGCUGGAGACAAGGAGGGGACUCAAGAACCAAGUGUACACACAGCGGAAGAGGAGGUCGACACAAAAAAAGCUGACGAGGGGUCUAAUCCAACCAGUACAGCUACUCCAGGUUUGUUCUCCUGGGGAACUUCGUGGUUCAGCAGACCCUCGGUGGAGAACACCACUCCAGCCAAUGAAGAAUCAACCACUCUUCUGGCGUCUACUUCAGCUGCCUCCAGUAACCCCACGACUGUCGAGAGCACCAAGAGUGAAGAGACGUCAGAGUCUCACAUGUCCACAGCCUCCAGCCCUGAGCCUGAAACCACCUCCUCCAGCGUGGAAGCCUGGGUCCGCGUUGAAGCGGAGACCACCACCCACGCGGGGGACAAGAGGGAGGAGACGGUGACCUCCAGAGCCAGUGGUAGAGGAGGACGAGGAAGGGGGAAGAAGAACAGAGGGGAGGACAGGAACAGAGGAGAAGAGAGGGGGAGAGGAGAGGAGAAGGGUAAAGCAGAGGAGGAAGGAAGUGGAGAAAUCACGGGUGCAGAAGCGAAAGGGGAGAUCCAAGUCUCACGGCGACUGGUCGGAACAAGUAAACCGAGAGAGAGAUCCAGAGAAAGAUCUAGAGAGAGGGGUCACAGGAGAGGACAGUCCACCACCACCACCACGACUACUACCACCAUGACAACCACUAUGACUACCGAUCCUCUGGAGCCCACAGUGAUGACUGUCACAGGGACUGACAGCGACUUUACACCAUCUAAAACCCUCCCCUCUGUAACAGCAACAGAAAACUCAUCCCUUUCAAUCUCACAAGACCCGUAUCCAACAAUAUCCUCAUCUUCAUCCUCAUCACCAUCAACCACGCAAUCUGUAUCUUUUUCCCCAUCAUCCCAAUCAGAAUCUUUUUCUGAAUCUGAUUCCUACUCUUCCUCCUCUCCGUCUCUUCCUUCUUCCUCUGCCUCUUCCUCAUCUCCAACCACUUACUCAUCUCCAUCCGAUCCCCAAACUCCGCCCCUCUCACCCUCGCCGUCAUCACCCACUUCUCACUCUCCCUCAGAGCCUCAAACUGUUGGACUGGUAGACCCGUCUCCAUCUCCUCUCUCAGACAACCAGGACACCUUCACUGACUCUUUAAAGUCACUUCAGUUGGUCCCGGUGGAGAAGGUGGUUGUGAACAGCUCUCUGGAUUACUCUCCGUCGGUGCUGGUGCCCGUAGACGAGGAGGAACCUGCUUGGUCCCACACUGUGGGCUCAGGGGCCCUCUUAUCUGGCAACGUGGAGGAGGAGACCAACAGAGGAGAGCUCAACAUCUCUGCCACAACUGUCAGCCCAACACUUGAGGUGGAGCCUUGCGUGACGGACCCUUGUCUGCAUGGAGGAAAGUGCCUUCCUCAGGGAACGGGCUACAGCUGCUACUGCCCACAAGGAUACACAGGAGAGAACUGCGAGAUAGACGUUGAUGACUGCCAGUCCGAGCCGUGUGAAAAUGGAGGCACUUGCAUCGACAAGAUUGAUUCAUUCCUCUGCCUUUGCCUGCCCAGCUACGGGGGAGACACGUGUGAGAAAGAUGUCGAAGGUUGUGAGCACGGCUGGAGGAAGUUCCACGGCCACUGCUACAGGUACUUCACCCACAGGCACACCUGGGAGGAUGCAGAGAAAGACUGCAGAGAGCACAGCGCCCACCUCAGCAGUGUCAUUUCUGCCACUGAGCAGGAGUUCAUCAAUGGUCUUGGUCAUGACAAUGCCUGGAUUGGACUUAAUGAUCGCACAGUGGAGGAGGACUUUCAGUGGACUGACUCAAACGAUCUGGUGUAUGAGAACUGGAGGGAGAGCCAGCCGGAUAACUUCUUUGCAGGCGGCGAGGACUGUGUGGUGACCAUUGCCCAUGAGGACGGCAAGUGGAACGACGUGCCCUGCAACUACAACCUGCCCUACAUCUGCAAGAAAGGCACAGUGUUGUGCGGGACCCCACCUGCAGUGGAGAACGCCCAUUUGAUAGGUCGGCGGAGAUCCCACUACGACAUCCACUCAGUGGUGCGCUACCAGUGCUCUGAAGGCUUCUACCAGCGCCACAUCCCCACAGCUCGCUGCCGGGCCGACGGGAGCUGGGAGCGACCAAGGAUCAUCUGCACGAAGUCUCGGCGAUCGCACCGUUACCGACGCCACCACCACAACCAGCACCACGAACGCCGCAGCCGCAGGAGACACGGCGGAGAGGGACACAAGGCCAGGGAGGACGCACACGGCUACUACUGAACCAAAUAAUACCACAUCUGCAAUGCCUAGGUGCUAACCAUGGCCCAUAAGAAAGACAGUAGAUCGCCUCGCCUCUGUUUCCCCUCCUGCUUCUAACCACGCUCUCUGCUUAGCUUUAUGAUGUAAGGUUUUCCUCCUCUGACAUGACCCCGUCCCCGAGUUUGGGUGUCUGAAGCUUCCUUAUCUUUCCACUCUGCUUUCUUUAACCGAGGUCCAUGCGAACACUAACUUUAACAUCUCUUAACACCCCCCUCCCUCUCCGCUGUAACCACUUCACCUGUCCGCAAACUAUAACCCUCUCCUCUGUCUCCAUCUGUCCGUCCGACAGCAGUGUGUGAGUGUAUGUGAGCGUAUGCAUGAAACUAAGACAGAAACUUAGAAAAGUGCUAAAUCACUUUUUUUGUUUGUUUUUUUUUUAGUAAAGAUUUGCUCGUUCUACAUGGAAAAGAACUCAUCUUAGUAUUCUGUUUACAAAGCACAGACGUAAUUGAUGCAAGAUAGCGUUCAGUCCCUGGUAACCCCGAGCUUUUUGUAUGUGUACCGUAGCUGUUCCUUUUUCUCCAUAGAGCACCAGAGUAGCUGGUCCGUCUUAUUCUGCUGACAUGCUUUUUUCUAAUACUUGCUAUGUUUGUGUGAUCUUACUAUUUAUUAUGAAUCAUUUGCUAGUGAACAUGCUUUCAUUUUUUACUUAACACUCCAGAGAGCCAAUGUAAUUUCAUUUUUCUAUGAUCCAACAAUCAAUCAGUAACAAAAAUUAAUCAUUUGAUUGCCUCUAAUAUCUUGUUUUGUAAAUAUUGUGUUUGUUAUUGGCUGAUCCCUGAUCAAUACCUGGACCUUGUCCAAACAAAUAAACUUUCCAUACUUACUCUCAGCUAAUGGCUAUGUCCCAUCCGCUUGGACGGUGCGGAUGGGAUUAUAAAAUACAUUCCUGAGAUAACCACUUGAUUGUAUCUGAAUUGCUAAAUACUUUUAAUCUUUGCACGGCUGUAUUUACACGAUGGGUAGAAUGUCACUAUUUUUUUUUUUUUCUUUUUGUCUUUGGUCCCUUUGAUAUUUGAUCGGUCAUCCACUUUUUUGGUGUUCUUAUGACUUUUUGUCCUGCUGUUGUAUUCCAUUCUUAAUAAAGUGAACAAAAAUGAA